GCGUGGAGUGGGUGGAGUGUUAGGGUGAGGAGCGAGCAGUGGCCACAGUCGACAAGCUACUGUCACGGUAGAUGAAACAACUGCGAUGUCCUCCCAUGGAUCCUCUGCUUAUUCUAAAGUGUGGAGUAACAAAAGUGACACUUCAUUCUUAAAGUGCAUAGAUUGUUAAGUGUUUCCCUUUCUCUACAGCUCAACAUUUCCCAUCGAAGGAAAUUAAAAGAAUCGCUUAUAAUAAUACAUUUACUACUACCAGCCACCUAAGAAUCCGAACAGAUGCAUAUGUCGAUGAAUAUGUUUCCCCACCGUCCAAGCACCUUGGCUGAGCUCCCAGCCAUUCCCAUUGACCUAGAGAGCUUCGUGGUACGCACCUACCCGACCCCUUUUGUGCACAUUGAACGUUGGAGUAAAGUAUGGGGAUGUCUGUCUAUAUCCUACAGCUACCCAGACCGCUGCUGGAAGAUGUCCCCUUUCCUCACUUUCUGGGUUGUCUGCUUCAUCGGGUUCAACUUGCCGUGCUUCUACGAUUGCAUUAUGUCCUCCAUCGGCAGCGACAACAGCAUUACAUUGUACGUCACGAUUCUCAUUGUAGCAGUAAUGAGCAUUUCGGCUGUGGCCAUGCAUGUCCUUUCUCUCAUCUACUACGACGACUGGGCAAAGUUUCUCGAGAGAUGGAUGAUCUUCGAACGUAAGUUCAGAACACUGACGACUGGUGUGCAUUCCUAUCGCCUUGCCAUCCCUCUCUAUGUUGGUUUCUUGAUCUGCGUUAUUUUCUUCAUUGUGAAUAUCUUAAACGAGCUUCGGUUUAAUUUGAUCAAUAACGACGGCAUAGGGCGGAUGCUGUCACUGGUAUAUGUAUACGUGAUCUAUAGCUUUACAUUAUCCAUGCCCAUUCUGUGGGUGGUGAUGGUCUCCAAGGUAUUCGCUUUAUGCCUCUGCCAUAUCAGAGUGGAACUAGAAUCCAUAAUAGAGUGCGCAAAAUUUGGAGAAACCUGUACGCCACACAUUCAGAAGUGCAUAGCCUCGGGUGAUCUUAUUUGUUUAGAAGAGGCGGUCCUGGAGCUGAGACGCAUCAUCAGGGCCUUCAAGGCUAUCAUAGGUCCCUUUAUGUUGGUCAUUGUUCCCCAUCACAUUAUCUCUCUCAUUUGUUUUCUCUACUGGACGCUGGUCUCCACGCUUGACUAUUCAGAUUGGUAUUUCCCACUCAGUUUUGGGUUACUCUCCAUCCAGGCCAUCGCUCCCAUCGUUUGUGGUGCUGUCUACAGCGAGGAUAUACAGACUCAGAAAGAGACUCUCAUAAAACCUCUUCUAAUUCUGAAAGGGACAAUGAAGGAGCACGAGGAGAAAGUCAAGAUGGCGACGCUGAUAGACCAUGUGAGUCGCACUGACGCCCAAUCGGGGGGUUGUGUUUUCAUCCUUAAAAAGGGGCAGGCCACCACGGUAGUGAACACUGUGGUGACUUACUUGGUGGUCCUAAUCCAGUUCUACGGCAGUGGGCGUUAAUGGCUACCUUCAUGGAGAGAUUGCUUGAUAAUCUCUUGUCAAGCAGCCGAUGAGUAUCACUCGUAUACAACUCGGGGCCCAUAUAUCCUCAUUUUAAAAACAGUGAGCACUGUUAUAGUGUUGUUGUUGAGGUUUUAAAGGCCACUGACAGCUUACGUCAUAUUGAUUAUGUACAUGGGGAAUAGUUAACCCCAUAGGUCCACUUCAUUGGAUGAAAAGCCCUUCACCGACAUCGACACCCCUAAUCAUUCCCACUAAUGUACCUGUCCAGAAAUUACAAGGAUUUGAUGCAUGAUGUCCGAUCAAUGAUGUGCCCAGAGGGCAAGAAAGAAUGAGGACAGUAACGCUGAAAAAGUAUUAGUAGGUAUUUGUUACAGAUGCUAGGGGCAAAGCGUGAAGUAUGCACCCCAACAAGGCCGUGGGAAAAGAUCUAGGUAUUAAAUUUAAGUUAACUAAUUGCUUAGCUUGUAAAUUAGAGUAAAAACGACCCCUCACAACAACGCCACUCCACGACGUGAAGUGCUCAUUACUGUGUACGACUGAUUGUGAUUUGAGAUUCCUGGCAGUGUACUGAUUAUGACCCUUGUAUUAAUAUAAGAAUAAUCCCACUAGUGCUAACAAGUGUGAUAGGAUGUUAAUUAAAUAUUCCGAAAUUAGCUGGGUGUAUAUAAAUAUGUAUGUGUUACCUGUUAGUAAGUUAGAUUAUACUAAUAUACAGUGGAACCCCGGUGUCUGAACUUAAUUGGUUCCUAGGUAGUGUUCGAACUGCGAAAAUUUCGAUGUCCGAAACAGAAUUUCCAAGGCUUUAAUUAUCAGCCUCACGCAUUGGAGGAAGUUGAACUGACUCUUCCAAAGUCUCUGAGUUAGGUCAGUGUCAGAGGUCACUUCAAAGAACUUUUGAAAUAGGGCUUUCGUGUAAGUUUUUAACAAUUGAAUUUUUAAACAAGUCACAGUGUUCGGACUCCACAAAAGCGCUCAAAGACUGGGUUAAUUUUUUUUCUUAAUAAAAUUGUUCGGAUUCCGUUUUUUUUCGAAAUCCGGUACGUUCGAACAACGAGGUUUCACUGCAUAACCAGAAAGUCAUAUAAUUACUCUUUAUUUACUUGUAGAUGUAUAUUUCUUCCAAUAAAUUCAGACUUAUUACCGUCUUUUUUUUUUUACCAACUUCUAAACUUCUAAUAUGUUACAAUAUAUAUGAGAACAACUUGUUUUUUAUAUAUUCACGUAGAAAAGCUAAAACCUUAAUUCGUUCAGCGGGGAUUGAGAGGUAGUCUGGCGUGAUCUAAAGAGGGUGCCUCUAAUUCCUUUUAUCAAUAUCCCUUCACUAACAUCAAGGUACUCUUUAAAAGGUCCAUAACUUAAUCCGUGAAACACUUAAAAAGGCGACAUAAAUGUCGUCAGUUUGCUUUUUUUUUCUAUUCGUAACUCAGAUUAGUGCUGUCUUGUAAAUAUAAUCAUAAUAAUAAUAAUAAUAGUAAUAAUAAUAAUAAUAAUAAUAAUAAUAUUCUUAUUAUUAUACUCACGUUCACAAUGAUGAGAAACUAAGAUAAAGGCACAUGAGCAAACAUUUAGGACAUUUUAUUAUGCAAAGUUUUUGACAUACGCACCAGAUGGGGAGUAGUGAUUGUAUUCCUUUUAAAAACCUUCCGCAUAUGCGAAUGCUCCUAAAUAAUACAAGCCUUUACAUGUUUUUAUCUCACCUUCAUCCAUGACUACAGACGAAGAGCACAAACCAUUUUUAUCAGAAAGCAUCAAACUUAUGCAUCGUAAGCACUAAACUGAUGUGUCGUAACAAACGACACUUUAGGACCAUUUGGCAAGCAACAUUAAAGUGCCCACUUUUGCUACCAUGUCCAUCAAAGAUCUUACUGUCAUUUCUCCAGUAUUUGUCGCUUAUAUCUACAUUAUUCUGUGUAGAGAAUAUGACAAUACGUGGAAGGGGCUGGUAGAAAUCUGUUAUGAACGAGCAUAAAUAUAAAGUGGAAUGAAACCCAGCUCGUCGUCAGUGAGCCAGAUUAAAGGAAAUGUAUAUUUUAGGAAUACUAAUUGAUUAACCUAAUUUUUAAUGGGGUGGACCGGUAAGAUGACCAAAACCUCUAGUGGAGGGUCAUCAAAUGACUAAGAUCCGUAUUAGGAAAGACGUCCUGUUUCCUGACGAAUCUUACCUAAGCUACAAGCACCCCUGACAGCAGUAACAAAUACUGUCAUACAAAAUGUAUGAAGUUAAAACAUAUCUGUUGUGUUGGUAUAGAUACUAUUUAAACAUGGCUCACCCCAUCCACCUUGACCUCACUACAGUACACCUCCUGACGAAUCGAAAGUUAUGAUGACACACUCCCUGGAGCUGUUGGUCAUUAAGCAGAGAUCUUCCGCUCCACCCUAUGCAAAAUAUCACAUAAUUACUAAUAACUUCAAUUUUACAUAUGCUUCAUGACAGAAAUGUUAAAAGCAAGGGGGGGGGGAUAUAGUGUUGGAGUGGUUGGUAUUUUUGUUUAAUAAAUGUAUGAAAGAGGGGGAGGUACCUAGGGAUUGGCGGAGAGCAUGUAUAGUCCCUUUAUAUAAAGGGAAGGGGGACAAAAGAGAUUGUAAAAAUUAUAGAGGAAUAAGUUUACUGAGUAUACCAGGAAAAGUGUACGGUAGGGUUAUAAUUGAAAGAAUUAGAGGUAAGACAGAAUGUAGGAUUGUGGAUGAGCAAGGAGGUUUCAGAGUGGGUAGGGGAUGUGUAGAUCAAGUGUUUACAAUGAAGCAUAUAUGUGAACAGUAUUUAGAUAAAGGUAAGGAAGUUUUUAUUGCAUUUAUGGAUUUAAAAAGGCAUAUGAUAGAGUGGAUAGGGGAGCAAUGUGGCAGAUGUUGCAAGUAUAUGGAAUAGGUGGUAAGUUACUAAAUGCUGUGUAGAAGAGAGGGAGACUAAUUCCCGGUAAAAGUAAGUCUUAGACAGGGAUGUGUAAUGUCACCAUGGUUGUUUAAUAUAUUUAUAGAUGGGGUUGUAAAAGAAGUAAAUGCUAGGGUGUAUGGGAGAGGGGUGCGAUUAAAUUAUGGGGAAUCAAAUACAAAAUGGGAAUUGACACAGUUGCUUUUUGCUGAUGAUACUGUGCUUAUGGGAGAUUCUAAAGAAAAAUUGCAAAGGUUAGUGGACGAGUUUGGGAGUGUGUGUAAAGGUAGAAAGUUGAAAGUGGACAUAGAAAAGAGUAAGGUGAUGAGGGUAUCAAAUGAUUUAGAUAAAGAAAAAUUGGAUAUCAAAUUGGGAAGGAUGAGUAUGGAAGAAGUGAAUGUUUUCAGAUAUCUGGGAGUUGACGUGUCGGCUGAUGGAUUAUGACGGAUGAGGUUAAUCAUAGAAUUGACGAGGGAAAGAAGGCGAGUGGUGCAUUGAGGUACAUGUGGGGACAAAAUACGUUAUUUAUGGAGGCAAAGAAGGUAAUGUAUGAAAGAAUAGUAGUACCAACACUCUUAUAUGGGUGUGAAGCUUGGGUUGUAAAUGCAGCAGUGAGGAGGCGGUUGGAGGCAGUGGAGAUGUCCUGUCUAAGGGAAAUGUGUGGUGUAAAUAUUAUGCAGAAAAUUCGGAGUGUGGAAAUUAGGAGAAGGUGUGGAGUUAAUAAAAGUAUAAGUCAGAGGGCUAAAGAGGGGUUGUAGAGGUGGUUUGGUCAUUUAGAGAGAAUGGAUCAAAGUAGAAUGACAUGGAGAGCGUAUAAAUCUGUAUGGGAAGGCAGGCGGGGUAGGGGUCGUCCUCGAAAAGGUUGGAAGGGGUAAGGGAGGUUUUGUCGGCGAGGGGCUUGUUCGAUAGGAUUGAAUGGAGAAGAAUGGUAUUUGGGACCUGACGAGCUGUUGGAAUGUGAGCAGGGUAAUAUUUAGUGAAGGGAUUCAGGGAAACCGGUUAUUUUUAUAUAGCCGGACUUGAGUCCUGGAAAUGGGAAGUACAAUGCCUGCACUCUAAAGGAGGGGUUCGGGAUAUUGACAGUUUGGAGGGAUAUGUUGUGUAUCUUUAUACGUAUAUGAUUCUUAACUGUUGUAUUCUGGGAACCUCUGCAUAAACAGUGAUUAUAUGUGAGUGAGGUGAAAGUGUUAAAUGAUGAUGAAAGUAUUUUCUUUUUGGGGAUUUUCUUUCUUUUUGGGUCACCUUGCCUCGGUGGGAGACGGCCGACUUAUCAAAAAAAAUGCUUCCUUUACAAAUGAUAACCGAAAGGAAGAAAUGUUAGUAGCAUAGGAAAGGCAUGGCCAUGAAACACAAAUAACAAAGAUUUCUUUAUUAUACAUUUAAAUCAAAAUGUACAUAACAUGGCGUACCACCAGUGCUCGCUACUUAAGCAACAACGGUAACAAACUGUCAGUAACCACAGGACACUGGGCUGGUGUUGGAUAAUUAAGAGAGGCAUGGUAGAAGUGAGAUGUUGGUUUCUUCUUCAAGAAACGGGAGGCUCUGUUGGUGUGAGUAUUUUAUAUGAUCCCUAAGGUUAAACAUGCCUUUGCGUUCCGGAGUUUUCCACAGCAUCUAAAUACAACGUAUCACUAUAUAGUGCUAUUUGUCGGAUAGCUUUGUUUGUGUAUAAGAUGGCAGUUAUGGUAGAGACAGUUCCAGGCUGAUAGGCCAGAGGCUGGUAAUUAAGGAGAUACCUUAAUUAACGGCAUCCUAAAGUGUAGGCUUUAUGAGCUUCUCUUGCGGUACAUAAGAUUUUGGCUAUAUAUUCAUGUAUAUAACCUUACGUGAUGGCCUACUUUUCGAAAGACCUGAAGAUUCCUUGUUUCAUAGUAACCUAUUUACAGUCGUAACCUAAUACUACUUUUGCGUGAUAAGAUUAAAACGUAUCCUGAUUAAUUUGUGGGAUAAUCAGUAUUGGCUGCCAUGACUCACGAAAUCGUAAUGACACGAUUGCAAACAAACCAUACCACGGGCGGGUUCUAUCCCCGCCCGUGGUAUGGUUUGACUGGUUGCCAAUCUACGAACAAAUUUUUAGUUGUGAAUAGUUUCCUUCCAAAAUUUAUAAUCGUUUAGCUGUUUAAAUACAACACCAAACUAAGCAUUUAAGUGAACUGGCUUCGUUCCACAAUGUUCUCAUUGUCCUGUCACGAUCUGCACUCCCACCAGCCUCCCCAUUGAUUUGUACGGGAGAAAAAAAAUCACUGAACAGUAGCUCAAAAUGAACGAGUCACACUAGGAAAGUUAGAAUUUACAGCAACGGCAGAAUAUUUCCAUGAUUUGCAUGUCCCACCACAGACUUGUGUUUCACAGAUUUUAGAUUUUGCCCCGAGAAGAGUUUAUUACGUCUUGUAGAGAAAAAUAUUUAUUAGGAUUACUCUUUUAGAUUACACAGCACUGUAAUUAUGUAGCCCUCUGAAAAUCUAAACAUUAUCAACAUAACCAUGAAGGAUUUAACUGCUAGUGGGGAUAUGAGUUUAAAACGUAAAACGAGAAUUGAUACACUGAAGGAAUGUGCUCCACUUGGCAACUUUUCUAAAUUUAUACCUUCGAUACUGUCGAGUUGCAAUGUUAAAACUGCUACGAGUCAAGUCUGUUUACUCGUUUCCUCAGACAUACGUGUUUCCUGGCAACUGAAGCACCUUAAAUAGAAGAAUGCAUGCCUGUUCUCCUUCGAGCCACUGGCUAAGUGAGCGAACUUGCUGACUCCAUUUGAGACUGCCUCCGGUGU